AUGGAUCGGAGCCUCCAAUGGCGCCGCCGUCCGGCGUCGCUCCUCUUCGUCGCCGUGGCCUUCCUGGCCGCCGCGGCCAGCGCCGCCGCCGCCGAUAACUACGACGCCAAGGCCAGGGCCCUCGCCGCCUACCACCCCGACCCCAUCGCCGUCGCCAACAGCUUCAACCGCGCCGUCCACAGGUCGACGAGCCCGAGGCGGGCGCUCAAGGGGAAGAAGAAGCAGAGCAACGGGCCGUGCGAGGCGACGAACCCGAUCGACCGUUGCUGGCGGUGCCGCAAGGACUGGGCGACGGACAGGAUGCGCCUGGCCCGUUGCGCCAAGGGGUUCGGCCAGAACACCACGGGCGGCCUGGGCGGCCAGAUCUACAUCGUGACGGACCCGACGGACGCCGACGUGCAGAACCCACGGCCCGGCACCAUCCGCUUCGGCGUCAUCCAGCCGCAGCCCAUCUGGAUCAUCUUCGCCAAGAACAUGGUCAUCACGCUCACCCAGGAGCUCAUCAUCAACAGCGACACCACCAUCGACGGCCGCGGCGCCCAGGUGCACAUCGCCAAAGGCGCAGGGCUCACGGUCCAGAACCGGUCCAACGUCAUCAUACACAACCUCCACGUCCACGACAUCAAGCACACCGACGGCGGCAUGGUCCGCGACUCGCCGGACCACAUCGGGUACCGGACCCGCGCCGACGGCGACGGCAUCUCGCUCUUCACGGCCACCAACGUCUGGAUCGACCACAUCUCCACCUCCAUGUGCGAGGACGGGCUCGUCGACAUCGUGCAGAGCUCCACCGCCAUCACCAUCUCCAACUGCCAUCUGACGAGCCACAACGAUGUCAUGCUCUUCGGCGCCAGCGAUAGCUACCCGGACGACAAGAUCAUGCAGGUCACCGUCGCGUUUACGCAUUUCGGGAGAGGGCUCGUGCAGCGGAUGCCGCGUUGCCGGUGGGGCUUCUUCCAUGUCGUGAACAAUGACUACACCCACUGGCUCAUGUACGCCAUUGGAGGCAGCAGCAACCCCACCAUCAUCAGCCAGGGGAAUCGCUACAUCGCGCCCCCCAACAAGGCCGCCAAAAAAAUCACGAAGAGAGACUACGCGCCGGAGUCGGAGUGGAAGAACUGGGUGUGGCACUCGGAGGACGACCUGUUGAUGAACGAAGCCGUCUUCGACCCCACGGGAGGCGCUGUCACCUACAAGUUCGACUCCACGAAGCUCAUCAAGCCCAAGCCGGGCACCUACGUCACGAGGCUCGUGCGCUACGCCGGCACGCUGGCCUGCAAGCCGGGCUGCCCUUGCUGAUCAUAUCGCCGCCGCCGCCGCCCGCCGGCCCCGGCCCACCAGGUGUAUUACGUCCACCGUCACAGGCCCCGCCGCACAUCGAUGGCAAGAGAUGUUCCAUGUGGGAAGAAGAACUAACCCCAACUCAACUUUUGAUACGUGGUAGUAGAAGAGAAACAUGGACAUGCAUCGCUGAGCGGAGGAGGGUAGUCGGAUUAAUCUAUACGUUGUUGUGUAAUCAAUCAAUCAAUUUUUUCCUUAAUUCACAGAAAAUAGGAACCGUGUACCUAUAUAAAUAUAUACAGGAUAUACACCAUGAAUGUAUUUGUAAACCACUGUUGUUUGUGAAUUUUGACCAAAUC